CCUUAUUCCAAGAUGGGCUGCGCGCUCCGAGCUGCACGGGCAGGCAUUUUCCCCGGCUUUGUUUUACAAGGUGGGGAGAGCCGGGCUGGAGGCGGGAGGGGUAUGGAGUGGGGGGGAGAGCGUGAGAAGAAACGAAAUCGCGGGAAGGAGGGGACACCAGCGGCAGCAGGCUGGGCAGAGGGCGAGGCCGAGGCCAAGUUGGGCUCGGACGACGACGCCCCCGCGCGCGUUGGGUCACCGCGAUUGCGUGGCCGCCUGGGGUCCCGCGCGGGCCCUGGGUGCGCUCGGCCCGUGGCUUCGUGCGCUCGGCGGGCGUCUCGGCUCUGCCCCGGGGCUCGGCGAGGGGGUGAUCACUGCAGCCUGUGCAGCCGAGCACCCGGGUGUCUUUGUCCCGCGGCCCCGUGCAGCCCCUCUCCGCAUGUCUUUGUGCGGCGCCCCGCCUGGCCCGAGCCUCGCCAGGCGCCCGCAAGGUGGGGGUGUGGCCCCGGGUGCCGGCCUGGCCCGUAGCUCCACU